AUAAGAGUGAGGAUCAGCCUUAUAAACAGGCCUCAAUCAUUGCCCUGCCCCAGACCCCUGCUAGCUUGGACCACAUCAGCCCAGGAUCAGCAUGGCUGUCCGCCUGUGGGUGGUCGCCCUGGCCAUGGCCACCCUCCUCAUUGUGGACAGAGAAGUGCCAGUGUCUGCGGUAAAGGUCAUUUCCCCAAGAAUGCCCAUCUGUGAGCACAUGGGGGAGUCUCCAGUCUGUGCCCAGACAUCCAACCCAGUCUGUGGCACUGAUGGCGUCACAUAUGACAAUGAAUGCCAGGUCUGCUUGACUCGGAUGAAAACCAAACACGACAUCCAGAUCGUGAAGGAUGGCAAAUGCGGACCCUCAUCGCAGCCUCUUAAGCCAUGAAGCCUUGGUCUAGAGAACAGUGGUGGGAGUGGAGGAUGUGACAUGAAUAAAAGAUCCAGCCCAACUCAGCCAAGUGAGCCAGUGUCUUUGGGGACUCUGGGGAAGUGGUUGGUGGUGGUGGGCAUUUGCCCUGACUUCCCUAUACUUAAUCUGAUGUCUUCUCCAUCACCCCAGUGCUCCUCAAUCCGGUCACAUUUCCCUAGAGGUCCCAGGUCUCUUCUGCUUCUUCAAGAAGUCAGCCUCUGUCCCCAGUGGGCAUAUCUGCCCCAGCCUGCUUGUCACUAAGGUCAAGAACCUAGGUGACAUCUGUACCGUCUGCCAUUGCCAGAGAGCUGCACCCAGCCUUUGGGAAAGUCCUACACCCUUCAUGACCUUCCCCCUGGGCUGCACCAGCACCCCAAGUUUUAAACACAUGUGGAUACUGCUGUGGCUGAUAUUUAGGUAGUAUGCACAGUAUAUCUGAAUUACUUGUUAAAAUACUGACGUAGGUCUGUAACCCCAAGACUUUGAGUGUCCCACCGCACCUUGGCCACCCAUAGCAGGAUGACUUCCAGACCCUGUUCUGUCCUUUUGGUCACCAUCCAUUCUGCUAAUGUUGGCACUGGACACAACCCCAGGCACACGUGUACCUAUACAAUAUCCUACAAAAAUACACAGCACCCAGAAAUCCCACCACAGAGACCCCAGCCUAACCCUAACCUUAACCCUAACCCUAACCCCUAACUGGUCCAUGUCAAAUAUACCCUCUUUGGCCAAAGCUAACAGGAGCCACUUGAUAAUGAUGGCAGAAAAGAGUGUAGACAUUGUUUCCUCUAGCCAGUAGAAGCAGUAUCACAUGGACUGAUUCCUGCUUUAGGGUGGGCAGACAGAACAGGAUAUGUGCUGUGGGAAAACACUAUAAAGCCAGGGCAGAGAAGGCAAGAAUCAGUGUUCCCCAGACACUUGAAAUGGGGAUGUGGCCCUGAAUUGCUGUUAACAGAUUUGCAAGUGGCAGGGACUGAAAGGUCAUCUAUGGGCCCUGAUACUUACUGCUACUGGUAACAGAAACUUUUGCCCCUCUGCUGCAUAGGAUGCAGUGUUAAAUUUGGCUGUGAGAAACCCAAAUGUCAAAAUAGCAGUGGCUUAUACAGUUAAUUUCUCUCACACAUAGACCUAUGCAGUACGCUAACUUCAUGCUCCUUAUGUAUUGUUACUCUGCCAUCAUCAGUUUUCCCUUCAAUGUACAAGACAGCUGCUCUAACUCCCGCCAAGUCUACAUUCCAGUCCACAGAGAGGUAAAGAAGGACACCCUACUGCCUCUGAUGAUGCUUCCCAUAAGAUGUACAUACCUGUUCUCCUGUUGCCUAAAAUGUAGUCUGCAUGCCCAGCACAGAGAGACUGGAAAAAAACUGUUAUGAUUGGCCAUGUGCUAAGCUGAAAAUCAGUUCACUUAUUAUUGGAGGAGUGACUAUUGGUGAUGUCUAAGCCUCUGCCCUAAGUGGGAAGCCCCUCUUAUACUCAGGUGGCAUAGCUUCUUGGCCAAGCUUCCUGUUGGUGACCCUCUGCUCCCAGGCUUCCAUGCACAUGAGGAGGAAUUCCAAAGAUUGCGCCUGCACAAUAUGCCAGGCACCAGGCACCAUACUGAAAGAAUGACCUAAUCCCUCACUUUGCAGAUGUGAAAACUUGGCCCUGUCACUGGAAAUGUAACUGCAGGCUCCUAAAGGCCCUAUCUAUGGCAUGUGAUCCUGCUGCCCUAGCCAUUAUUAUCAGCCAAAAAAUUCUUCUCCAGGAUUUUUUGAAUCAGAAGGAAGGAAACAGGUAGUUCCUCUUUGGUAGUGAAGCUGUAAAAUGUGUGAAGUGGGGACUGCUGACAGCCAUGUUUCCUACUUUGUGGAAGAAGCAGGAUUAAGAGAAUGAUGCCAGCAUGCAAAGAAAGAGAUGCAGAGAGUGAUUCCAGGUUGUGUUUGAACUCCUGAAGCCCAACUGCCCUUGAACAUCCCCCCAAAGCUACAUUGGAUAACUUGACAUCCUGCCAAUAAAUUUAUUUCAUUCUUUCUUUUUUAAGAUUUUAUUUGAGAGAGAGAGUGAGGGAGGGAGAGAAUAGAACCCAAGGGAGCAACAGAGGGAGAGGGAAAAACAGACUCCCUGCUGAGCAGGAAGCCCAAUGUGAUGCAGGUGGGGCUUGAUCACAGGACCCUGAGAUCAUGAUCCAAGUCAAAGGCAGAUGUUUAACUGACUGAGCCACCUAGGCACCUUUUUCUUUCUUUUCUUUUCUUUUCUUUUCUCUUCUUUUCUUUUCUUUUCUUUUCUUUUCUUUUCUUUUCUUUUCUUUCUUUCUUUCUUUCUUUUUUCUUUCUUUUCUUUUCUUUUCUUUUCUUUUCUUUUCUUUUCUUUUCUUUUCUUUUCUUUCUUUCUUUCUUUCUUUUUUCUUUUCUUUUCUUUUCUUUUCUUUUCUUUUUUUAAAGAUUUAUUUAUUUAGGGAUGCCUGGAUGGCUCAGUGGUUGAGCGUCUGCCUUCGGCUUAGGGUGUGAUCCCAGGAUCCAGGAUCGAAUUCCACAUUGGGGUCCCUCUGAGGAGUCUGCUUCUCCCUCUACCUAAUUUCUCUGACUCUCUCCAUCUCUCAUGAAUAAAUAAAUAAAUCUUAAAAAAAAUAUAUUUAUUUAUUUUAGAGAGAGCGCACAUGAGCUGGUGGCAGGGGGAGCAGAGGGAGAGAGAAUCUCAAGCAGAUUCCCUGCUGAGCCCAGAGCCCCAUGUGGGGCUCGAUUUCACAUCAAGAUCAGGAUCUGAGCAGAAGCCAAGAGUGGGAUGCUUAACCACCUGAGCCACCCAGGCACCCAAAAAAAUUUUCUAUUUCAACAAUCUCUUUGGAAUUUAGUUUCUGGUACUUUCAACUAAAAGAGUCCUGACUACCAGAGGAAGAAGGGCUCCUCAGAGAAGGUAACCUUUACGCUGUUAAAGGAGAAGUAGAAAUUGUUUAAACAGACAAUGCGUGGGAGAAUUCUUUCAGCUGUGAGACUGAAGGAUGUUUAUAGGAUCACAGAGCCCCACUGGUUCCCCUUGUAGUAGGACUGACCAUGUCCCGGGAGAGUGGGCAACAAGGAGUGUUCUUUCCCUGUUCACAGGCAGAGAUACCCUGUGGAUGUACAGAUCAGUGUGGGUGGGACUUGUGCACAGGCCCUAGUAACU